ACACACACACACACACACACACACACAUUCAUUCUCUCUAUACACACAAAUGCAUGUAUAACUUUCACACUCUACACAGUACUAUACGCGUCUCUCUCUAAAUCGCUCUUUAAUUUCCACUCUCUCUGUCUGCAGUCUCUGCAGCAGCAUCAGUGUGUGUGUGUGCGCCCAGCUUGCUAGCUCCAUCAACAAAGUACCGUACAUGUGUAUGUGAAUGAUCAUCCAAACAAGUCAAAGACCGAGUAACAGCUGAUUCAACAGUUCAUUUUCAAUCUCUCUGUAAAGUUUCGCCGUCAGCUGAACCAGCGAGUCAACUCAGUGAGUCGGAAACUUCAUCAUUCACUCGGAAUCGAAGCAUAUAGCAGUAAUGAGCUCAGAGUCAUCCAGAAGAUGUUUAUGUAUUAUUGCAUUGAUUUUUUUAGGCAGACUUAUUGAUCCCAAUUUUAUGGCGGAAGCAAAUUCAGCUGUUACUGGAAACACAAAUUUUGGUGUUCAUCGUAAGCUUCUUCAUAAUCAAGGGAAUGAAGUGGAAACAAACCGGAUAUGGGGUGACAAGUGUUCAAAAUCAGAUAUAGUUAUAAAUCAAGGACCCACAGCACCUCUACCAAGUGGAAUACCCACUUACACAGUGGAGAUCAUGAACGUCUGUGUUACGGGCUGUGACAUCUCCAGUAUUCAUCUGAAAUGUGGCUGGUUCAGCUCUGCUCGCCUUAUUAAUCCUCGCAUUUUCAAGCGUCUACGUUUUGAUGAUUGUCUGGUCAAUGAUGGAAAGCCUCUUAUUAAUGGCCAUACUAUAUCCUUCCAGUAUGCCAAUACUUAUCCAUACCCACUCACUGUUUCCUCCGUUAUCUGCUGAUACUUACUAUACCUGCUGCUUCUAAUAUACACUCUUUCAUAACACUGAUUUAACAGAGCUGUGAUAGUCUUUAGGGGGAUUCCUAUGCUCUCUUUUUUCUUGGGCUUUAGAAGAUUGCGAACCACCACUUGGAAGGACAUGUGGCACUGCAGACUAAUAGGGGAGAAGUAUGAAAAUAUUGUUCCUAAUACUAUAGGACAUCUUGUUUUGGGAUAGGUUGUUGACAUUUUGUGCAUAUCAGAAUGACUAACUGAGGAAAGCAUAGAGCAGCUUUAGUUUUUGGGUAAUGAAUGUAAAGCAUGCAAUUUAUGUGAGUAUCUCUCUUUAUUUGAAGCAGCGCGCCUGCGCAGAAAGAAUGCUUCGAAAUUUCACUUCAUUUUGUUUGACAACUACACUUGGGAGUACACCAUUUAUUUUCAAUGUUUCGCUCGUAUUCUUUGAUAACAAUAUCCAAGGUAUAGGAUUAAGACAGUCGAUUAAAUCAACAAGGCUUAAACUUACACACGUUGCUCCUC